AUGCGUUUCUUGUUUGGUGCCCCAGUGAGAAUUCACGCAAACCCUCAGACAGUAGAUAUAAAUGUUCGCGAUAAGACGACGAACAAAACAGAUAAGAUCCAACUACUCGAUCAUAUAGCAAGCACCUGUCCGUCUUUAGUUGGUGAAAGUGCGAAAUUUUAUCCGACCCCUUGGCUUCUCAACGGACACUUACAGACCGCUUAUGCUGCCUAUAAAAACUUUGACGACGUACACAAGAUUGUCUAUGAGAGAACGUUGGUUACUACGCCAGAUGGUGGACAGUUUACUCUCGAUUGGACUCCUCCGACAAGCCAAAAACCAUUCGACGAUACCCCAAUAGUUGUUGUUUUACAUGGCUUGACUGGAGGAAGUCAUGAAUCAUAUAUACGUAGUCUCUUGGAGUCGUUGACGAACCCCCCGCACAAUUAUCGGGCAGUGGUAUUUAAUGCCCGUGGAUGUGCUGAAUCAAAAAUUACUACGCCCCAAAUGUAUUGCGCCGCGUAUACCGAAGAUUUGAGAAUAGCGUUGAAACAAAUCCAGAACCGUGCUCCAGAUGCUAAGAUAUUUGCAAUUGGCUUUAGCCUAGGUUCAAAUAUACUGGUAAAGUAUCUUGGAGAAGAGAGUGACAAGACACCUAUCAUCGGUGCAAUAUCUAUUGCUAAUCCAUUUGAUUUGGUUGGUGGGAAUAUGUCGUUGGAACGAAGAUUUUUGGGCAAAACAGUAUACUCUCCCGCAAUGGCAGAGAAUUUGAAGAAAGUCUUUCUCAAACACCAGGAAGUUCUCAAGCUGGAUAAUCGAAUCCGUUCUGAACACGUGCUUGCGGCAAAAACUGUUAGAGAAUUUGACGAUCGUCUGACGCGUUUAAUCUUUCGUUAUGACACUGUGAAUGAUUAUUAUCGUGACGCCAGCUCUUGUCGUUUUAUCACCAAAGUGCGCAUUCCUUUGUUGUGCUUGACUGCUGAAGACGAUCCUAUAUCUACAUGUGAAGUUAUUCCAUAUGAUGAGUGCAGGUUUAACCCCUAUGUGAUUUUGGCUACUACAUCUCAUGGAGGGCACCUUGGAUGGUUUACCGGUUUCUGGAAGCCGGUAAGAUGGUGUAUAAACCCUCUCGUUGAAUUUUGUGUGGCAAUAAUUGAGGCUGAUCGGGCUUGCUUAAAUGAAGAAAGACAGACGUCAAGUGAUAAAAAUGACAAUCCAGUAGAAACCGUUGUAUCGAACGAUAAAAUUCCGUCUAACGGCGAGGACGGGCUGUGA